GGUGCGUGCAGGCACGGAAUCGCAUAGAGAUUGGAGCUGUUUUCCCCGCCUAAGAAAUGCCAACACUCGUUUUUGUACUUUAAUUAACAAUCAAUUUCAAGUUUCAACGCAAUCAAAACAACAAAAUCCCCAAUUCUUGAACACUCUCGAGACAUGGCAGUUUCAGCUUCAGGGGGUGAGAUAUGGAAGGCCCACACCGCCAUGGCAAUGGUGCAGUUAUUCAACGGAGGCUACCACGUCAUCACCAAAUUGGCCCUCAACGUUGGAGUCAACCAAAUCGUCUUCUGCGUCUUCCGCGAUCUCAUUGCCCUCGCCAUUCUCGCUCCCCUCGCUUUCGUUCGUGAAAGGCGCACGCGACCACCUUUGACCAAACGCCUUUUGCUGUCAUUCUUCUUUCUUGGAUUAACCGGGAUUUUUGGCAACCAUCUUUUGUUUCUUAUUGGCUUAAGCUAUACUAAUCCAACUUAUGCUGCUGCAAUUCAGCCGGCCACUCCAGUUUUUACUUUUCUGAUGGCGGUAAUCAUGGGUACAGAAAGAGUGAACUUACUAAGAUAUGAAGGUCUGGCUAAGGUUGGAGGAACUUUUACCUGUGUUUUCGGGGCUGUGUUGAUGGUUUUGUAUCGUGGUCCAGCGUUGAUUGGGGAUUCAGAAACGGACUUUGUAUCACAUAGUGAAAUAAGUGCCAAAGGUCAACCAGAGCCUUCUGGAUGGUUAAUUGGUGGUUUGAUGGAUCUCGGAUUAGACCAUUUUCAUCUCGGGGUUUUGUGCUUCAUAGGGAACUGCAUGUGCAUGGCUGCUUUUCUAGCCAUUCAGGCUCCAUUAUUAAAAAAGUAUCCUGCAAACCUAUCUGUCACAGCAUAUUCAUACUUCUUUGGAGCUGCACUGAUGGUAACUACAUCAUUCUUUGCAACAAACGAGUCAACUGACUGGAGAUUGACACAGUCUGAAACAAUUGCCGUAAUUUAUGCCGGAUUUAUUGCAUCUGCCCUUAAUUAUGGACUCAUUACGUGGUGCAACAAGAUCUUGGGGCCAGCCAUGGUCGCCCUUUAUAAUCCACUUCAACCUGGAGCUUCUGCUCUCCUAUCCAGAAUUUUUCUGGGAAGUCCAAUUUACAUGGGAAGCAUCAUAGGUGGAUCUUUGAUCAUUUUUGGUUUGUAUGCGGUUACAUGGGCGUCUUAUAGAGAAAGGCAUGCAGCUGUUGGAGUUAUUUCUCAUGGCUCUUGGGUCUCUGAAUCCCUUGUCCAUGACAAGAGUUCUUUUAGAGUUAACAUUUUCUCAAGCCCCCCAAGCCUGUCCCCAAAGCCUUCAGAUUAACCAAAUUAAUUGUAGAAUUCCAUGUAAAAUGUCGUCUCAUAAUUCUUUGUUGUCUUUAUACAUAGUUGUUUUUGAGAAUUAA